UCGUCGUGCUCCUGCUUCGCAUUAUCACUCAUCUUUCUUCAUCUCAAGGUAUUUUUCAAACUCAUUCUUUCUCACCCAUUUUCCAUUUCCCUUUUCUUUUCCUCUCUAAUUUCGUGCUCUUAAAUCUAUUGGGUCUUUUUUGCGAUCUCAUUAACAUUCAAUUAUUCCCAUUUUUCUUUUACCCAGAAAAUUUAGUAUUCUUUUACCCUUUUAUUUGUCAUCAACUGUUGCUAAGCUUAGGGUUAACCUGAUAUCCUCUCUGGUCUCUUUUCGUGGGUUGCUUCUAUUAGGGUUUCGGUUAUUUCCCAAAUUAUUAUUUUUCUUGUUUUUGGUUUGGGAAUUUUGAAUUUAUUGCGUUUGCGGGGUUUGAUCCUUCAACCCUUUUGAUUCAAAGCAUAGGAUCCUAUUUUUUUUUUAUGGCAUUUGAGUGCCCAAAGAGUACUAAGGUUUCCCAAAAUUUGGUAGCAAAACCAGGAAUAGGCAUAGUUAAACCAUUUCUGCUUAGCCCCAAACGCAAUACUGAAGGAGUUGUAAUCUCUAAUUUUGUUCCAAAUACCAAACGUGAAUCCGGGAAGGGUGAGAACUCAAAGGGAGCAUCCAAGUUUAAUUCCAAGAAAGGUACCAAAGCCUCGGCCAGUACUUUGAACCAAUCAUCAUUUGAUGGUGAUAAGGUUUUUGAUUGUCGGCGGUCCUUCAUUGAUCUUCCUCCCGCACUGAUAUCCGAGAUUCUCAAUUGCCUUGACCCCAAAGAUCUUGGUGUUGUUUCAUGUGUCUCCACAAUUCUCUAUAGACUUGCAUCUGAGCACCAUGCUUGGAAGGAAUUCUAUUGUCAAAGAUGGGGACUUCCAACAGCUCCCAUGGUCCUGGAUUCGGGGGUUUCGGAUGAUAAGUCAUGGAAGGAACUUUUUAUGGAAAGGGAGUUUAGGAGUAAGACUUUUAUGGGACGUUUUAGUCUGGAUGCGUUGUAUGGCCAUACUGAAGCAGUUCGGACUGUUUUCCUAUUGGCUUCUGCAAAGCUCAUAUUUACAUCUGGGUAUGACUCUGUUGUGAGGAUGUGGGACGUGGAGGAUGGGUUGUCAAUUGCAUCAUCACGACCCCUUGGCUGCACCAUUCGUGCUGUUGCAGCAGAUAGAAGACUACUGGUUGCCGGCGGUACUGGUGGAUUCAUUCAUUGUUGGAGGGCUGUUGAAGGACUUCCCCAUCUUUUUGAUGUUAGAGGUUCACAAAACCAGAAUACUGAAGUUCGACUUUGGGGACAUGAAGGUCCAAUAACUUCACUUGCUUUAGAUUUGACAAGGAUUUACAGUGGUUCAUGGGACACUACUGUUCGAGUGUGGGACCGACAUUCAAUGAAGUGCACUGUGGUGCUGAGGCACAGUGACUGGGUCUGGGGACUUGUCCCUCAUGAUACUACAAUUGCCAGCACAUCAGGUUCAGAUGUGUAUGUUUGGGAUACUAAUAGUGGGACUUUGAUGACCAUUGUUUAUAAUGCUCAUGCUGGUAAUACUUAUGCUUUGGCACGAAGCCAUACAGGGGACUUCCUUUUUACUGGAGGUGAAGAUGGUGCAAUACACAUGUAUGAGAUCAUAAAUGAUGGCUAUGAGACUAAGGCUUGGCAUGCUGCUGCUUGGGUUCCUCACUCAGGUCCUGUGUAUUCUCUUGCCUUCGAGUUUCCUUGGCUUGUUUCAGCAUCAAGUGAUGGCAAGUUGGCUCUGAUUGAUGUGAGAAAGCUGGUGCGGUCAAGCAAGCGUGCUCUGGGGAAGAAAGCUUCCAAGGUAAAGCAUUUGGGUGGAGGAGGUGCAGUAGAGCCUCCACAGAGGAUGUUGAAUGGAUUUAAGAGUAAUCUUUUCUCUGUAGAUAUAGGGGCUGAUCGAAUUGUCUGUGGAGGUGAAGAAGGUGUUGUCAGGAUCUGGAAUUUCACAGAAGCUUUAGAAAUUGAGCGUAGAGUUCGUACAUUAAGAGGGAUACGAUUAGAGAACAGAAUGAGGCGGCGGAAGCUCCAAACCGAGCUGGGCAGUAAAGGUGGUCAGAGUGAUCAAUGUUCAGUUGCAGCCAAGAAGAAUUCUGCGACUUGCAUUUGGCCCAACAAAUGUCGCAUGAGCGGAAAGCUGAAGGCGUAGUGAUUAAUGCCAUCUAAUGUUUGCAUCUACACACACCAAUUGCCUAUCAUUUUAUGUUUUUCCGAAAUUGAUGUAUCCACAUAUCUUGGUUUUAAGCUAGUAAACUGACUGACAUAAGUUUCUCUUUUAUGUAUUAUGAUUUAAUUAGUGUUAGUAGUGGUAAUCAUAUGAGACCACUUCCAUCAAUAUCUCACUUGUACGAUUCAGAAAUGAUAGUAUUCCUUUCAGAGAAUUGUUUUACGCAAGGUAGUAAGUAGUUGCUAUGAAUGGUGUAUUCAUUGAGGUUGAUAACGCUUAUCGACUUCAACAGAUUCAGGAUGCUUUAUGGCUUGAAGGUCAAAGACUUUGAAGAAUUCUAUGAUACUAAAUAGACCGAAGAAGUUGCAUGGGAAGCAAUGGUAGACAUUUGUGUUCUUGGAUUAUGAGCUUGCUCUUUUAGAUAUGCUAAUUGCUCUCCGAAUCAAGUUGUUCAGUCUGGUAUUUUUAAUUUUGUGUCUAUGACAGCUCAUGUCCGGCAAAAAGUUAUGGACAUGGAGAUGUGCAGCAAAUCUUUAGAAAGAAAGUAAUACAAUAACGAAGGACGAAACUAAUGCAAUCAUGUCGGUAGACUUUUGUUUUUGCAUGGACAGUGCAGUGCCAGUGCUAGGCAUAUUUACCAAAAUAUCACUGAGAUUUGGACACUAGCUGUGUAAUGUGUGAUUAUCCACUCUUCAUGCAAGAAAUGCUCUAGCAUCAGUUCUACAAAAGAGGGACUACACGAGUGUGCCCUCUGCAAUGGGGAGGGGAUUAUAUCAUUGAAGCACCGUGGACCCAGAAUUUUUUUUUUAUGUGUGCACACUUAAG